AUGGCUAGAGUCAUCGAGCGAUCAAACCAAACCACGCGCGACCGAACUGCUGCUAUCCUCGGGGUUAGACCAUAUCAUCGUCAACAACUGGAUGCAAUGCGCUCAGGUGAUCUUGCGGAAAUUCGUGGCCUACGACAGGUCGCUUCCCAGCCGCGUGUAAUCCUUCGCCGCUCUCCUUUUGGAUUCGAGAAGAUGCUGGUUGUUGACUGA